CUCGAUCCGUGCAGAUAGAAGCUCACUCUCUAACUGGAUGGUUGAUGGACCGUUCGUCGACGGGACGCAAUAGCUGCAUGGAUCCCUCGUCGAAUUCGUCCACUCGUCCACAUUUUGGUGUCCUUCUAUGCAGCUGCGCAGGCCCAACAUCAGUGUCCCCCAGUGUCCCCGUGUCGCAGCGUUGCGCCCCUAUUCCCCAUUUCCCUAUUCCCCGUUCACCAAACCCAAAGGAAGAAAGAGAGGGAAAAAAAUCCAGCCUCUUUUUUUCCUUCUCCUCUCCUUCCAGACUCGAUCUUUGCCGGCUCUCCUCGUCCAUUCGUUUCUUUCCCCUCAUUCCUACCCGCCUCCAGCCUUCACUCUAUCCAGUCCUUUGGCCCCUACUCCUCCUCUUCCUCACCCUCCUUUUUCCCGUCGUCCUAUUCUUCGGCCCUUCGACUCCGUCUUCCUCAACCAACCACUCUCAUUCCACCAGACCCAAAACUGUCAACCAAGAGUCGCAAGACCCGGCGUUUUCGACCACGUCCUGCCCGCCCAUUCGUCCAUUCGACAAAACACUCUACCCAUCUCGGUAUCCUAUUAUCUAGAACACCACUGUGCUACCACCGCAGCCAGCAAAAUCAUUUCCCAGACGCAUCUUGUCUCUUUAGACACCAUUCGGCCGCUCCUUCAACCGAAAUCAUCAUCGUCAUCCUCCAACGAACGUAUACGAAGUGACAUUCAAACCGCAAGCGCACAGGAAGACAGCUCCGUCAUACACAUUCCACCCUCAAACUCAUUCCCUCUUGAGAAUUGGGCUUCAUUCCCCCCCCGAAGGACUCUAAGGACCAAGAGGAAUACAACUGUCAACCGGCUUCCUUCAUCUGCAUCCUACCGCCCUCCGCUCUAAACGAAUUCACCACCGCAUCCCAAACAUUGAAAUUACAAUGGCACCCGGUGGCUUCUUCGACCGCCUCCAGGCUUCGAUCCAGCAGAAGAUCGAGCUCUUCCGCCUCGAGCAGCGUUACACCCGCCGCCGCCACCGCCGCUCCACCUUCAUCUCCAACGCCGUCUACGUCGACGGCGAGUACGUCUACCAGACCCCCAACAGCACCGGCUCCUCCUCCACUUCCUCCGAUCCUCCUUCCGCCCGCGUCGACGCCCUUCAUCAGUCCGAGCCCGAGGCCGCCGCCUAUGCCGCCGCCGCUGCGAAGGAGAAGCGGUUGAGCCGUCGUCUAUCCAGCUUGGCCAUGCCGCGGAGGUGA